AUGGCUUCCGUUCAGCCUGCUGCCAUGCAGCAGCCGAGUCCUCUCCCAGUCAACACCACUCAACAACAGAUUCAAGCCGCUUACGAGAAAUACAAGUUGCUGAAAGCACAAAAUGUCCCUAACAAUGACCCAGAAUUUGUCAGACUUCAACAAUUUCUUACUCAUGUACAACAACAACAGCAGAUGCGCAAACUGGCCCACCAGAAGCAACAGCAGAUGAUGCAAGCAAAAGCACAGAUGCAGGGUCAACCACAAGGACAGAUGUCGAUGAAUGGACAGGCGAAUGGUGCUGUCAUGAAUGGCAUGAAACCCGCUGAUGUUCCAGUUGAUGGACCGCAGCUCACAUCAAAUGGCAGUGGUCCUGCAGCAACCAACCAGCAGCACUCUGCACCUGGUCAAGUUGCGCCAAAUGCUGGUCAGGGUCGCGUGGGGCCAGGUGGUCAUCCUUUCACGUCAGAACAGCUCCAGAUGCUUAGGAUGCAGAUACAAGCUUUCAAGAUGCUUUCGAAGAACACACUGCUACCUCAGGUACUGAAAGACAAGCUUCGUCCAAGAGAUACAGGUGCCAUGUCCCAGGCUUCCUCACUUGAGGCAGCUGAGAAGGUCCUGAAAAAUGCUGCUGAAGGCAAAGAAAGCGCUCCUGCAGACAUGCAAUUGGCCAAGGUAUUCUUUGAGUCAUAUACAAACCCUUACGACUUGUUCCCACGUAGUAUCAGCUUUGCAGAUCAUUCACAACGAUCCAAACGUCCACUCAUACCAGCACUCCUACCAUACGGCAUCGAUAUCGAGCAAGUACGGGAGGAUAGAGAGCGCGCGAUGUACAAUCGCAUUCAGGCUCGGAAAGCUGAAUUGGCUGCUAUGCCUGUCAAUAUUGCUGCAUGGGAUACCUCCAAGUCAAAAGAAGCAACAGACGAUGAUUCACUAAGAAUGAAGACGCUCAUUGAGUUCAAGAAGCUGUCGCUGUUGCAACGCCAACGCGAGUUUCGUCGUGAAAUUCAACAAGAACUUUUCAACUACGACAACCUAGCAAUGACCGCUAACCGAUCUCUGCAUCGUCGCAUGAAGAAACAAUCCCUGCGAGAGGCCAAGAUUACCGAGAAGCUCGAGAAGCAGCAACGCGAUGCCCGCGAGAACAAGGAGAAGACCAAGGCUAACGAUCAGUUGCUGUCAGUCAUUGCCCAUGGCCAUGAGAUCAAGCAGCAUGCAACCAAUCAAAGAGCUAGGGUACAGAAACUAGGCAAGUUAAUGGUAGCUCAACAUCAAUACAUGGAGAGGGAGGAACAAAAGCGUAUCGAGCGAACUGCUAAGCAGCGUCUACAAGCUCUUAAAGCCAACGACGAAGAGACCUACCUCAAACUUCUUGGUCAAGCUAAGGAUUCGCGUAUUACGCAUCUCCUCAAACAGACUGAUGGUUUCCUUAACCAACUCGCGGCUAGUGUCCGUGAGCAGCAACGAAGCACAGCUCAACGCUAUGGCGAUGUGGAUGACUUCGCUCCUGAAGACGAAGAAGGAUCGGAAGACGAGGAUGGUGGUCGAAAGAUCGACUACUAUGCUGUUGCCCAUAGGAUUAAGGAAGAAGUCACAGCACAACCGACUAUACUUGUUGGCGGUACACUGAAAGAAUACCAGCUCAAAGGUCUGCAAUGGAUGGUGUCCCUCUACAACAACAGACUCAAUGGUGUAUUGGCUGAUGAGAUGGGUCUGGGAAAGACCAUUCAGACAAUCUCUCUCAUUACCUACCUCAUCGAGCAGAAGCAGCAGCCAGGACCUUUCCUGGUCAUCGUACCCUUGAGUACACUGACAAACUGGAACCUUGAGUUUGACAAGUGGGCACCAAGUGUAUCCAAGAUUGUUUACAAAGGUCCACCAAAUUCCAGAAAGCAGCAACAACAGAGGAUAAGAUCCGAAAAGUUUCAAGUACUGCUCACGACCUACGAGUAUAUCAUCAAGGAUAGACCUGUACUUAGCAAGAUCAAAUGGAUUCACAUGAUCAUCGACGAAGGCCACCGCAUGAAGAAUGCACAAUCAAAGCUGAGCAGCACUCUUUCUCAGUACUACAGCACCAGAUACAGGCUCAUCUUGACGGGAACGCCGUUGCAAAACAAUCUUACUGAACUGUGGGCUAUUCUCAACUUCGUUCUCCCCAACAUUUUCAAGUCAGCCAGUUCGUUCGACGAAUGGUUCAACACUCCUUUCGCGAAUACGGGCGGUCAAGAUCGAAUGGAAUUGACAGAAGAAGAACAACUACUCGUCAUUCGUCGCCUGCACAAGGUGCUACGACCGUUCUUGCUUCGACGUUUGAAGAAGGAUGUCGAGAAGGACCUGCCAGACAAGCAGGAGCGCGUCAUCAAAUGCAGAUUCUCUGCAUUGCAAGCCAAGCUCAAUCUGCAACUCAUGAAUCACAACAAGCUUGCAGUUGCAGAUGGAAAAGGAGGCAAAACAAGUAUGCGUGGUUUGAGCAACAUGCUCAUGCAACUACGAAAGCUUUGCAACCAUCCUUAUGUGUUUGAGCCUGUUGAAGAUCAAAUGAAUCCAGGUCGAGGCACCAACGACUCUAUUUGGCGAACUGCUGGCAAAUUUGAACUUCUUGAUAGGGUAUUGCCCAAGUUCGCAGUAACAGGUCAUCGAGUGCUGAUGUUCUUUCAAAUGACACAAAUCAUGAACAUCAUGGAGGACUUCUUGCGGCUGCGAGGAUACAAGUACCUCAGACUUGAUGGUGCCACUAAAGCUGAUGAGCGAUCUGAUCUGCUUAGGCUCUUCAACGCACCUGAUUCGCCUUAUUUCUGCUUCUUGCUCUCUACUCGUGCUGGUGGUCUUGGUCUCAAUCUUCAAACGGCUGAUACAGUCAUCAUCUACGACUCAGACUGGAAUCCUCAUCAGGAUCUGCAAGCUCAAGAUCGUGCUCAUCGUAUUGGUCAAAAGAAUGAAGUGCGUAUCUUGAGACUAAUCAGCACAGGGUCUGUGGAGGAGAAGAUUCUCGAGCGAGCACAAUAUAAGCUCGAUAUGGAUGGCAAGGUCAUUCAGGCUGGUAAAUUCGAUAACAAGUCCACGAACGAGGAACGAGAUGCAUUCUUGCGUACACUUCUUGAAACUGCUGAAGCGGCCGAAGCAGGUGAUAACCAAGAGGAGAUGGAGGAUGAUGACCUCAACGAGAUAAUGGCUCGUAGUGAGGAAGAACUUGUGCUGUUCCAGAAGAUGGAUAAGGAACGACAAGCCACAGAUCCCUACGGUCCUGGCAAGCCUCUGCCACGUCUCAUGGGUGAAAGUGAGCUGCCUGAUAUCUAUCUGCAAGAAGACGAGCCAGAACCUAAGAAAGAAGACGAUGAGUUUGCUGGACGUGGUGCCCGUGUCAAAACUCAAGUCCGUUACGAUGAUGGUCUUACCGAAGAACAAUGGCUUGCAGCUGUUGACGAUUCAGAUGACUCGAUUGGCGAUGCGGUCAAACGCAAACAAGCUCGAAUUGACAAGCGACGAACCAACAAGGCCAAACGAGAAAACGGUACUGGUGGUGCCUCUUCAGUAGCAUCGAGCCGCGAAAGCACUGAAGAACCUGUACCGCAACCCAAGAAGAGAGGUAGAAAACCAGGUCCGUUGAAGAGAAAGGCUGAGGAGGAACCGGAAGAAACACCAACCACCAAGCGAAAACGUGGUCGACAGAAGGUUGAUCUUCUAUCUACUUCAGAUCGAGCUCUGCUUCAGAAGUCUCUGACGACCAUCAUCAAGACUAUCAAGAACUUGGAGGUGGAAGAAAGCGACCCAGGCACCCCAGAGCCAGAUGACGACGAGGAAGGUCCAUACACCCGUCAAGUCAUUCCACCAUUCCUGGAAAUUCCGCCUAAGAAAUUGUAUCCGGACUACCACAGCUUCAUUCCGAACCCUAUCGCGAUUCAACAGAUCGACGAGAAGAUCAAUGGACAUAAGUACAACUCAUUGGCGGAUCUCCAGCGAGACAUCCAGCUUCUGGCGACGAAUGCGAAGACUUACAACGAGGAUGGCAGCAUGUUGUACAACGAUGCCACAAUGAUUGAGAAAAAAUGUAUAGAAAUGAUCGCGCAGCAACAAUCUGACAAUCCAGGACUGCUCACACUCGGCGAAGGAGACACGAACUCGACCAUGGACGGGUCUAGUAUGGGUACUCCUAGACCAUCAGUUCCUCCAGGCGGGACAAAAUUGAAGUUGAAUUUCUCAGCAAUGGCGAAUGGAAGUCAUGGCGCAAGCAGUGGAACGGAGUAG